AUGUUAGCGAUUCGCAGACAAGGAGGGCGAAGUUCCCUUCCGCCCGGUCGUUGCAGACUACCGCAUCAGUACAAUGAAAAGUCAAGCACUAUCUGUUUAAAGUAUGGCUCUCGAAGCUUCAAAACUCACCAGCCGGCGAACGAUUCUCGUACGACUCCUCAAUCGUCGAAGCAGCCGGAGAGCGGUCACCCACUGCUUAAGAAAUACAAGAUCACGCACCCGGCGAUCACCAAAUACUUGAAUUGGAAGCCUAGUUCAUCCCCACCUCAAUCCAGACCAACCCUCGACCUACCCGCACUCGAUCGAAAAUGGGGAGCAGUUUGGGAGAAAAACCGGGGGAAGACAAUCAGAGCAGAAAACAUAAAUGGCGACUUUUCGCAGUCGGAAUUCGUGUACAAUAAAAAGGGCCUGCGUUACAUCGUACCCAUGUUUCCGUACCCCUCGGGAGACCUCCACCUGGGCCAUCUCAGAGUUUAUACCAUCUCCGACGUUAUCGCUCGUUACUGGCGUUUGAAGGGCUAUGAUGUGAUUCAUCCCAUCGGCUGGGACGCGUUUGGACUCCCUGCUGAAAAUGCGGCGAUUGAGCGAGGCAUUGAUCCGGCCAUCUGGACGUAUCAGAACAUUGAGAAAAUGAAAGGGCAACUGAAAAGUAUGAACGGCGAGUGGGACUGGGACAAAGAGCUUGCAACAUGCGACCCGGAUUUCUACAAACAUACGCAGACGCUCUUCUUACUUUUACAUGUCAAUGGAUUGGCGUACCAGGCCAAGUCUAUGGUCAAUUAUGACCCAGUUGAUCAAACUGUGUUGGCAAAUGAGCAGGUCGAUUCCGACGGGAAGUCUUGGAGAUCUGGCGCCCAAGUUGAAAAGCGGAUGCUUAAACAAUGGUUUUUCAAAAUUUCAGAUUUUCGACAGGAGCUCUUGGAUGAUCUCGAUGGCCUCGAUUGGCCAGAGAGAAUUAAAUCGAUGCAAAAAAAUUGGCUAGGAAAGUCUGAAGGCGCUAAGAUAAAAUUCGGAAUUACCGCCUUCAAGCAUAAAAGUAUUCCUGAUGUGGAAGUAUUCACUACUCGACCAGAUACUUUAUAUGGCGUUCAGUACCUCGCCUUAGCAGCGACACACCCACUUGUCCAAACUCUCGCUGCGGAGGAUACGAACCUUCAAACGUUCCUAACCGAACUUCCCAACAUGCCUCCCGAAUCCAAAAUGGGCUACCUGCUCCCUGAUGUACGUGCAACAAACCCACUUGCAUUCGAGAAGGCGACGCCAGACGCAACAAAAGCGUCUUUACCGAUUUAUGUCGCCUCCUACGUUCUUUCUGACUAUGGCGAGGGUGCUGUCAUGGGUGUCCCCGGCCACGAUACUCGAGAUCAUGCAUUUUGGAAAUGCAACCGGCCUGAUGAUCCUGUUCGUGUUGUGGUCGCAGCGCCCGCUCAAGACGUGCCAGCCGUGCCACACGUACCCUUUAUACAGCCGGGCCAGCUCACCUCACAUAGUGGACCUCUUGCAGGAUUGAGUUCUUCCAAAGCUGCUCAGGAAAUUCUACGCAUUCUUACCAAACACGGCCGCGGGGAAGCUGCCGAAACAUGGCGUCUGCGCGACUGGCUGAUUAGCCGUCAGCGUUAUUGGGGUACGCCUAUCCCGAUUAUUCAUUGCUCUUCAUGCGGAGCGGUACCAGUCCCAGAGGAAGAUCUUCCUGUUAAGCUCCCUCAGGUAUCAGAACACUGGGCGAAGGGAAGGUCUGGCAAUCCACUUGAAAGUGCCCAUGAUUGGAUCAAUACCCCGUGCCCGAAAUGCGGGCAGGCGGCGAAACGGGAUACAGACACAAUGGACACCUUUGUUGACUCAAGUUGGUAUUACAUGAGAUAUGUUGAUGUAAACAACGAAACCAUGAUGAUCAAUCCCCGCAUUGCCAAUACACAUCUUCCUGUGGAUAUUUACAUCGGAGGAGUUGAACAUGCCAUUCUACAUUUACUCUAUGCACGCUUCAUCUCUAAGUUCUUAGCAGCAACAGAACUAUGGCCGUUUGGACAACUUCCUAUGAUUAGAGGCGAGCCAUUUCAAACAGUACUGGCUCAAGGAAUGGUCCACGGCAAAACGUACACCGAUCCUUCAACAGGGCGCUUUUUGAAAUCAGCAGAGGUGGAACUACAGAAGUCCAGCCCAAUAAUAACUGCUACGGGUCAGGCUCCUCUUGUCAGCUUUCAAAAGAUGUCCAAGUCGAAAUAUAAUGGCGUAGAUCCAUCUACAUGUAUAUCGAAAUAUGGAGCCGAUGCCACUAGAGCACAUAUCCUAUUCCAAGCACCAGUUAGUGAAGUGUUAGAGUGGGACGAAAAUAAAAUUGCUGGCGUCACUCGGUGGAUGAGGCGUCUUUAUGACCACCUCCAUGAAUGGCGCGCAGAAGCUGGAUUCUUAGGGCUCGAAUGCAAGUUUGGUUUCACUCGUAAUACUGCGGCUUCUGGCUGGCGCUUCAUCCGCUCAAAUGGAGAAAUGGGUAUGACCAGAGUGCUCCAAGAUACUCCUCAGGCCUUUGGUAAUCGAUUCGCAUCAACUCCAAAGAAUUACUUUAUCAGCUUCGCUAUUGACGAUGACAAACCCCUCAGUCAUCCUGGAUUAGUCGAACCACAUCAGUUUGUAGAAUCGCUCCGUCUAGAGAACGCACGGAAAGGCAACCAUCCUGAGACCGGUCGUGAAGUACUUUAUCCUUUGCUUAUGGAUCUUGCCAAGGAAGGAAACAGAGAGUCCAAAAAGUUGUGGCGAGCUGUUCAAGAGACCAUCAGAAGUACGACCGCAUCAUACGAGAGUGGACAUUCGCUCAACACAGUCGUCUCGGAUCUAAUGUCGCUGACGAAUGCUAUGAUUGAUUAUCCUGGGGGCGAGCUUGGCCCACAAGAUCGUUGGAUUCACUAUCAUGCCGCCAUGAAUCUUGUGAGGAUGAUGGCGCCUAUCUGUCCAGCCUUUGCGGAAGAGUGUUGGCAUCUCAUCACGUAUGUCAGGCCUGGACUCAAGCACCGUCUCUGGUCGUUCGCGGGUACAUCGAAUUUUAGACUUAUAUCCCCUUUUCGGGAAACAUCAGUCUUCCAUUAUCCAUACCCUACCGAAGAUGGUACACUCGAGAUGCUGACUCCUGAUACCUUGAAGUGUUCGGUCCAGGUCAAUGGGAAGUUGAGGUGUGUAGUUGAAUUUGACCAGCCAGAAUCUAUCCUGAAGGGCGAAGCUCUGGAGGACUGGGUUGUGAAGGGAGUCUUGGACAGCCCGGAAUGGAAAGAUAAGGUGGGCCAGAAAGUCAAUGUUCGUGAAGCCAAGAAGACCAUAGUGGUCAAGGGUGGCAAGCUUGUUAAUUUCGUCAUGUAA